AGAGAGGGGUGCUGCAAUGCUUAGACUCUUCCUUUGGUUGACCUUCCUGCUCCUCUCCCUUCUGGAACCCAAGACUUCUGCUGAAAAUGAGACUACAGUAGUCACCAGCAGUGGCCCUAUCCAGGGAAAGUAUCUCUCAGCUGGCUCAAGAAAUGUUACAGCCUAUCUGGGCAUCCCCUAUGCAGAACCCCCUGUGGGGAAAUUGCGUUUCCAGAAGCCUCUUCCCCAUAAACCAUGGAGACACAUCCUGGAAGCCACCAACUUUGGAAAUUCAUGCCCCCAAAUAGUUAUUUUUGGCACUCCUGAUUCUGCUAUAUUCAAUGCCAACACGCCCCGUUCAGAGGACUGUCUCUUCCUCAAUGUCUGGGUGCCCCAUCCCCGGCCCUCCACACCUGCUGCAGUCCUUGUCUGGAUCUAUGGUGGGGGAUUUUUUUUUGGCACAACUUCCCUGGUCAUAUAUGAUGGGGCAUUCUUAGCUGCUACUGAGAAUGUCAUUGUGGUCUCCAUGAAUUACCGUCUGGGAGCUCUAGGCUUCCUUUCAUUACCACCAGCUGCCCCAGGAAAUGUGGGCUUGUUUGACCAGCAGUUGGCUCUAAAAUGGGUGAGGGAGAAUGCAGCUGCUUUUGGAGGAGACCCGACUCGGAUAACCAUUUUUGGUGAAAGUGCAGGAGGAGCGAGUGUCAACUAUCACCUCCUCUCACCUGGGAGUCAGCCUCUAUUUGACCGUGCUGUGCUGCAGAGUGGAACAGCCAUUGCAACUUGGCCUUGGGUGAGUCCUGAGAAGGCAAAGAAGAAAGCCUUGGCCCUGGCCAAGGUGAUGGGCUGUACAGAAGGUGAGGACAGUGCCGUAGUGAGUUGCUUGCAGGGAAAGAGAAUAGAAGAAUUUCCAGAAUACAAGUUCUCAGCUGCCUUUCUUAGUAUUCACUUUGUACCAACAACAGAUGGAGAUUUCCUUCCUGAUGACCCACAGAAACUUGUGGACUCCGGGCACUUUCAGUCUAAGCCUAUGAUGAUUGGUAUCACCUCAGACGAAGGGUCCAUGUUUGUCUUUUAUGCAUUCAACAAUAGCCUUUUAACCUGGGAGCAGCUUUUGCAGGGGCUAAAGAUGACUCUACCCAAUACAACAGAAGACUUCAUCCAAUCCAUUGCUCUGAGGUACAGCGAAGCAGAACCGGAGGGUCCAGAACGCUAUCGUUCCGCCUUGUCCCAGGCCUGGGGUGAUUACCUCUUUGUAUGUCCAGCAAACAGAAUUGCCAUGGUGACUGCAAAGACAGGAAGCCCUGUGUAUGCGUACACUUUCACGCAUCGCAGCAUUGGCACUGUCUGGCCUGAAUGGAUGGGGUCACACCAUGAAGCUGAGCUCCCCUACAUUUUUGGAACUCUGACCUUAUUACCGGGAACCAAUGUAACUCACACAGAGGUGGAGUUAGAGCUAAUUUCCCGAGUGAUGCGGUACUGGGCAGAGUUUGCCAGAAGCAGCAAUCCCACUCCUUCAGAUGUCAGCGAGACAAAAUGGCCACCCUACAACCCUGCAGAGCAGAACUUCUUUCGCAUCAGCACAGAGCUGCCUCAAGUCAUGAAGCCCUCACCCACUUGGCUCUGCAGGUUUUGGAAGGCAUUCUUAGCAGAGACAUCAAGACCACAUCAGAUCUUUGCGGUGGAAGAUGAUCAGCUUCCAAAAGAUUAUGUUUUGGCAAGUCCAGAAGAUGGUAAAAAGCAAGAACCGUGA